GUGUCAUCUAUUAAUAGAGUACUGAGAAAUUUGGCAGCACAGAAAGAGCAACGGCAACAGCAACAACAACAGCAACAGGGUGUGUCUGCUGUUGGGGUUGGCGUCGGUGCUGGAAGUCCAGCUGAAAGUGUUUACGAUAAGCUGAGGCUACUCAAUGGGCAGACUACGGGCUGGCCGAGGCCAAAUCCAUGGUAUCCAUCAGGAGCUGGCAGUCCAUUUCCAUCUCUACAACCCAGCCUAAGUCCAAGCCACUGCACCACCUUGCCACCGGACCCAGCGGACAUCUUGCACGCGAAAAAAG